CCCCACCAAAACCUAGUACAAGCCAACUUGCCCAAGGGAGAUCUUGCCAGCCAACUUGCAGCUCUACUGGAUUCUCAUCCCUAAAAUCACAUCUUGAUUUUUCUAUUGUUGAUGCUAAGUCAACUCAACUACAAUCCAUUACCCUUGAUGAAUGACGAACUAAAUAUAUCAUCUCAGCUAGACCUAGAAAUCAAAAUUUUAAGUUCAGCUCGACCCACAAGGAGGGUCGAACCUUAUUUGGGAAAGGAACUAGUGGUAAUUUGGGGGUCGAAUUUCCUUACCUUCGGUCAUUCCCCUUCGUUCUCCCAAAUUAGUCUAGCCUGUUAAUCUGAGCCGGUUUGACCCGUUAGGUAUUUUGGCUUCGUAGAGAGCUUCAUCUUACCUACCAUAAAAAAAAUAAAAUAAAAUAAAAUAAAUAAAUAAAUAAAAUGACUAACUAAUACCUUAACUAUCAUUUGCAAGGUCUUGAAGAUUUAAUCUCAUAAAUUCACCUAAAGAUAUUGAUAUUGUAAAAUUUACACAUUAAUGAUAAACACGACUCCAAACGUUGCGAUAAAAAAGGAACGGAUUGGAAAUAUUCGCCUAUGCAGUGAAUGGACCAUUUCACAACAAUACAACAAUGCUUGACUGCUUGUUAAUGCAACUUAAAAAAAAAAUCAGUUUCAAGAGUACAGUGGAUAUGGCAGCUGCUGGAAGUAUUGGCUUAUUAUGUAAUCCUCCUAUGCUUAGAAGUUCACCAUGUUUAUCUCAAUUCAAAGCUUCAUCAUCAUCAUCUUCAUGCAAUUCUCUCUCUCCUCAACUUCUCAAAACCAUUUCUGACAUUCAUAGUUCUGGUAUCAUUGCUUGCCUUCGUGCUCCUAGUGCAGAGCUAGCGCUUGGAGCUGCACGAGCUGCACUACGUGGUGGCAUCAAAGUAUUGGAGGUUGUGAUGACCACUCCAGGUGUGUUUGAGGUUUUGCAACAGCUUGUGCUGGAGUAUCCAACAAUGACUUUAGGAGUAGGAACUGUUCUAAACACCGAAGAUGCUAAAGUUGCAAAGAAGGUUGGUGCUAAGUUUCUUAUGAGUCCUGCAAUGAUCAAGGAUAUACUUGCUGACAUCCAAGAUCAUGAAGUUUUAUACAUACCCGGUGUCAUGACUCCAACAGAAAUACUGUCUGCUUAUAAUGCCGGUGCAAGGAUUGUCAAGGUUUAUCCUGUUUCUGCACUGGGUGGUGUCGAGUAUAUAUCAGCAGUUAAGAAGCCUUUUCAUUACAUCCCAAUGGUUGCUUCUCAAGGAAUUAAAAUGGGUCUAGUAGCAGACUUCAUAACUCGAGGAGCAUCCGCAGUAGUGCUGUCAGAUGCGAUUUUUCAAAAAGAAGCAAUUGCUCGAGGAGACUUCGAUAUUAUAUCUGAACGAGCACAGUUGGCAGUUUCAAUUGGCACUGAAGCUAAAAAACAGCUUAAACUAGUUAAUCAGUAACAGUUUUUUCUAAUCAAAGCCGGUGGAACUUGUUGAUCACCAUUCCCUGCACUUGCUUGCACACGUGUAUGACAAGGUUUUUGUUGUAAACCAUUGCCAAAUCGACAAGUAGCUCAGACACCAGCAGAUACAGGGCUCAUUUCAGAGUUCAUUACGCAGUAAGAUAUAACUGGACUUUGCUAAAUCUUUGAUUCAGGCUAGAUAUCUAACAGGUAGUUAGCUGACAUCACCCGAAAAGAUUGCAAUGCGGUUACUUUUUUUCUCUUGUCCUUUAAUACGGGUAAAAGGGUAAAUUUUCUCCCUGUUAGAUCACAAAGAUAAAGAUGUCUAACUCUUUUGAUCAUUUAUACCCUUUACAAGCCCUCAGGAACUCUAUCUCCCACCGUCAGUGGGUGUAAUACCACAUACUCUGUGGUGAUAUGUUUCUGAGCAGAAUGGCCAUCAUCAGAACUAGACAAGGCAUAUUGGAGUGAUUUCUUCUAUUCUGUUGUUUAAUACUUCUUACUCUGUAAUUCUGUAGAAAAUCUUAUGUGACAUAUGUAGAUUGCUGUAUUUUUUUCAUAUGUAUGAAUGUUACAUCAAAGUCUUAAACUAUUGGUGUGGUACUGAUUAGGAACUUUAUCUGUCAAUUGCUUGGUUUACAUGGUUGCCUGCUUGGACAACUGAAGUUACUGUAAUGUAUUUGUAUUGGGGAUAUAUUUUCGGAAAUCUUAGGAAAUAUUUUGUUAGUAUCUUUUGGUAGCUAAUAAUAUCUUUU